AUACAGUAAACGGAUUGGAGGUCAGCGAGAGAAAGGGAAAAGCGAUCCCUUCAAAAUCAGCGAAACUGUGAAUUGAAGCAUCGCCCAGACUAUUAUAUAGAUAUCAUCAUAAUAUUCAUAAAAUCACCGGUCUGCAGCAACCGGAGUCAACGAGCCUAAAAUGCCCCAGCUGGUGACCUCUGACAUGUAAAUGGCGUCCAAAGUGCGAGAUGCUGUGGUGUGGUACCAGAAGAAGAUUGGUGCUUAUGACCAACAGAUUUGGGAGAAGUCUGUUGAACAAAGAGAAAUCAAGUUUAUUAGACUGGGCCUGAGGAACAAGCCAAAGAAGACAGGUCAUGUGAAACCAGACCUCAUUGAUGUGGACCUAGUGAGAGGUUCUGCGUUUGCCAAGGCGAAGCCUGAGUCUCCCUGGACGUCUCUGACCAGGAAGGGUCUCGUCAGGGUGGUGUUGUUCCCCUUCUUUUUCAGAUGGUGGAUUCAGGUCACCUCCAGAGUUAUCUUCCUCCUCCUCCUCCUCCUCUACCUGCUACAAGUGGCUGCUGCAGUGUUAUUCUUCACCAUCCCCCACCCCCACAGUAUCCCGACCACAGAGGUGUUUGGGGCGAUAUGGCUGAUGCUGUUACUGGGGACAGUGCACUGCCAGAUCGUCUCCACACGCACCCCCAAACCCACCAGCAGCAGCAGCUCUGGCAAGAGAAGAAGGCGUUUAAGGAAGGCAGCUCAUUUGGAUGUACAUAGGGAAGGAGAUGGUUCUAGCACUACUGAUAACACCCGGGAAGGGGGACCACACUCCCACGGUGCCGCCACCGGCUCACCUUACAGCCUGGGCAUCGCUCUCUUCAGAGAUUUCUGGCAUGAUAUCUGUAAAGCGGGGUCUAAGAAGUCCAAGCUGUCCAUAGACAAGUCCACAGAGACAGAUAACGGCUAUGUGUCUCUGGAUGGAAGGAUAACCAAUAAGAGCAGUGAGGAGGGGCUACAGGUCCAUGAUGGAGGAUCUCACCACUGUGACCUGCUGCCGAGGUCAGACGAGACGUGUUGGACCGGACCCCCACCUCUCACCACACUGCUGCUGCCCCCCGUCAGCAAGGUAAACAACAAGGAGACCCAGAGCCAUGGUGUGGGCGUGGAGAAAAUUUCUGAUGAGGCGUCUAGUGAGGAGGAUCCCGAAGCGUCCUACACCGCCAUCCGUAGGGGUGUAGAGCGCAUCAGCAGCGACUGCACGCUGCGCAACAGGAAACCACAUCACUACAAGAAACACUACACCAACAACACUGAGGUGGGUGACCCCCACACCACCCAGGAGACUCCCAAGUCCGGUACCAGCUGUAGUUCUCGGUGCUCCAGCUUGCGGACCCAGGACUCCGAGAGCACCAGACAUGAGUCAGAGACAGAGGACCUGCUGUGGGAGGACUUCCUGCACUGUACUGAGUGUCGCUCCUCCUGCACCAGCGAGACAGAGGGAGAGGGAGCUGCAGUCUGCCCUGCUACCAAGAAGGAGUACAGAGAUGACCCCUUUCACCAGUUGUGUCCUCUACAGGGCCACACAUGGCUACACAGCUCCAACCCAGGCCUGGAGCGGGUCAGUGCCAUCGUGUGGGAGGGGAACGACUGUAAGAAGGCUGACAUGUCUGUCCUGGAGAUCAGCGGUAUGAUCAUGAACAGGGUCAACCUGUACACCCCAGGUAUUGGCUACCAGGUCUUUGGUAACCUGGUGUCAGUAACUCUGGGCCUGACACCCUUCGCCUAUAGGCUGUCUCAGUACAAGGACCUGGAACAGCUGACACAGCUCUCAGCCAAUGAGCUCAUCUCGGUGGCGUUCGGCUCCUCCUCUGACGUCAUGGUGAUCACCAUGGUAACGCUCAGCUUCAUGGUGCGCGUCUGUCUCAUCUGGCUCUUCUUCUUCCUGCUCAGCGUGGCCGAGAGGACAUACAAACAGAGGCUGCUAUUCGCCAAGCUGUUUGGUCACCUGACGUCGGCACGGCGAGCCAGGAAGUCAGAGGUGCCUCACUUCCGUCUGAAGAAAGUCCAGAACAUUAAGAUGUGGCUCUCUCUGCGCUCAUAUCUCAAGAGAAGGGGUCCUCAGCGGUCGGUGGAUGUGAUCGUGUCCUCUGCCUUCCUCCUCACUCUCUCUGUAGUCUUCAUCUGCUGUGCUCAGGUCAGCUUGCUCCAUAUCCACAACACGUUCCUGGAGAGUCACUAUAACUGGGAGCUGGUGCUCUGGUGUUCCUCUCUGUCUCUCUUCCUGCUACGCUUUGUUACCCUCGGCUCAGAGACCAGCAACAAGUACAGCAACACCUCCAUCUUACUGACAGAACAGAUCAAUCUGUACCUGAAGAUGGAGAAGAAACCAAACAAGAAGGAGGAUCUGACAUUAGUCAACAACGUACUGAAGCUGGCCACCAAACUAUUGAAGGAGUUGGAUGCUCCGUUCAGGCUGUAUGGUCUGACGAUGAACCCGCUGCUCUACAACAUCACCCAGGUGGUCAUCCUGUCUGCUGUGUCUGGGGUCAUCAGUGAUCUACUGGGCUUCAACCUGAAGCUCUGGAAGAUCAAAUCAUGACAGUAAGCUGAUCAGGACACAGCUGGCUCUCUGGAAGAUAUUCUCUCACCACACGAGGGCGUUGUUCUCCUUUCGCUCACUGACUGACUGGGCUUCCCUGUAUCUAUGGACUGACACACAGCCCUGUUCAUAUCAGAGUGCUUACAUUUCACUUGUGCAAUUCAAGAUAUAUUUAUUUUACCCUUUCAGUAUUUUAGUUUUUUUCUUCAUAUUUUGUUUUAGAAAAAACGUUACGAAAUGUUUUAAUUGUUCAAAAAGUUAUUUUAAGCUAUACAGGUUUUGUGUUCUCAGAGGGAUGGGAUCGAAAAACAGCAAGAUGACAAUUCAGUUAAAAAGACAAUAAAAUAGGUAAAAGAGUUCCAUCACUUCAGACUAGUUAGUACAAUGCACAUUAUAAUGCAGCUCUUUAGUUUCACGACUGUGACCCACCCACACACACACAGUCAUUUCACUGUGAGAACUGCAACGAGCAGUUGUUUCAGAUCAUAGACGGACUGUAAUAAUAAUCAUGUGCUUUAAAGCCUACAUACAUACCCACAGGUUUUACUUCCUGGUAAAUUCAAUGUAGGCUUUUUUUUUUUGCUUUUGACAUCAACAACGGUAUACCAAAGUUCAAGAAUAGAUGAACAAUGUUUCUAUGUGUUUGGAGUUUAUAAUGAUAAGCUAAGUGACAGCUGUUGUGGAUAGACAGAGGCAGGAUCAGAACACAUCAGAGACCAUUGGUGAGAAAAUAGGUGAGGUACUGUACUGGCUGGAUGGGAGGUACAGUACUGGCUGGAUGGGAGGUACAGUACUGUACUGGCUGGAUGGGAGGUACAGUACUGGCUGGAUGGGAGGUACAGUACUGUACUGGCUGGAUGGGAGGUACAGUACUGUACUGGCUGGAUGGGAGGUACAGUACUGGCUGGAUGGGAGGUACAGUACUGGCUGGAUGGGAGGUACAGUACUGGCUGGAUGGGAAUAUCCAAACCUAACCAACUGCUGUAUAUCAAAUACAGAAAUGUAAUUGUAUUUGAUCCAGGCCUGCUAGCCAAAACUAAACGGUGUGUGACUGACAACUACAUGAACGUUGUUAACUAUGUUUUUUUUUUUUUUUUUUGGGGGGGGGGGCUUAUAUUUGUCCUGUUACACACUUGUACGAGUGUGUAAUGGAAAUGUGUUUCUUGCAUACUCCAAGUCCCCCUGAGACCUUGAGGGAGUGGGGUCACAGCUUUUUAUGGUGAUGCCAUUCAGUAUUGGCUUCUGUACUCCCAAGCCUAUUUUCUAAACCAGACACUGAGUGAUGUGUGCAGUCAGGUUCACUAUUACUAUUCAGGCAUGUAAGCCAUCGUCACAACCCAGUCAAAACGUUGCUUUUUCUGACCUUCCCUUUUUACUAUUUUACAUUGCAUGGCUUUAAUUUGAGUUAUUUCAAUGGUUGGACUGUAUUUCAAGCAAUAACUCGUAGCGCUACACAGACUGAAAGUGUUUGUAUUACAUUUAGAACAAAGAGGUCCUAGGUCUUAGUCGCUGUACACACUCGAUGUUCGCCGCUACAGUUUGGAAUGCCUGACAAUGUGCACUUUAAAGUAGUGUAAAUCUAAAAUGUUACAUGUUUCAAUGUAGUUGUUCUUUUUGGCGUGGCUCAGUCUGUGUGAAGAUGACCAUAGUGCUUUUUAUUUGCUGGAAAAUACUGUAUUAUUAACACGCAAAACAUUUUUUUUUUUGAUGUUGCUUCUUUUUCUUUCUCUGGCAUUGGGCUUUUUUUCUUUCUUUUUGUUGUAAAGAUGGUUACUCAUUUUUUGUAGUUGUGAGAGAAAAGAAACAAUUUGCUGUUACUUGAGUCUGAAAAAUUUAUUUAGAAAAUUACUCUGAACGUGUCCGAAAUAGCACCCUAAUCCCUAGUGCACUACUUUUGACCAGAACCCUGGUCAAAAGUAGUGCACUAUAUAGGGAAUAGGGUGGCAUUUCAGACGCACAUUUGUUUGCGUUGUGAUUCCGUUUUCAAAGGAAGUCUGCAUAUUUAUGUUGAAGGAAAAAAAAACUACUUUUUGUGAGCUGGUCUGUUUUAUCAGUUCUAGGUGUUUAUAAGAAAAAUAAAAAUGGACAUUGUUGUGUCACAGACUCAA